GCUGAGGGACGCGGCUGUCCGACUCGUCCCGCCUCUCGGUGUCACGCAGCGCCGGCUCUGUGUGACCUCCGCUGGGAGCCGGUGCAGGACUGAGCCCCAAGCCCAGAAAUGAAGAAGGUUUUGUGCGUGGAGCCCGUUAUUUUCAUCUACACCUUCGCGACCUCCUUGACCGGCCCGCUGGCCCAGCAGUUCAUCUACAGACGGCUGUGGGAGCAGGAGUACAACUCCACCUUCGUAAGCGACAGCAAUGCCUCUCACUGUGAGCUGAAUAAAAGUAGCCCAUCUUAUAUCAAGCAGAAGGAAGUUCAAGAAAAAACCUCUAUUUUUACUAUGCAGCUUGACCUAACUGCUGCCAUUCCUAGCCUUAUAGUUGCCUUUGUGAUUGUAGCUAAUGGAGAUCACCAGGGUCGCAAAAGGUCUUUAGUUCUACCAUCAAUGGGAGCUUUGAUUGCUAAUGUUUGCCUCACUGUAAUAUCAUUUUUUUCCUUGUCACUCUCCGUCCUGUUUGGGGUUGCAUUUAUUACUGGGCUGUUUGGGAGUAUGGCAACUUUCCUUGGAGGAGGCUUUGCUUUCAUAGCAGACGUGUGUCAGGAUGAGAAGCAGAAGACAACACGAAUAGCUGUGGUGGAUCUGAUUUUUGGAGUUGUGUCUGGAUUGGCAGGACUGUCGUCUGGCUACUUUCUAAGAGGAAUAGGUUUUAUGUGGACAUUUGUGACAGCAUCAGUGCUUCAUGUCAUUAAUAUUAUCUAUAUUACACUUCUUCUGCAAGAGACAGUCGGCGUUUCUGAAUCUCAGCACCAGGAACCACUAUCUUGUAAAGAACUUCUGAGAGAGACAUUUUCUGGAGUUUACAUGCUUUUUAAAACCGCCCCUUAUAAAAAGAGAAUUUUAAUCUUUGUGUUACUUUUUGCAUUUAUGACUUAUUUUUUUACUGUAAUUGGUGGGAGUUCACUUUUUACUCUGUAUGAACUGGAUGAGCCACUCUGCUGGAAUGAGGUAUACAUUGGAUAUGGAGCAGCUGCUUUUACUUCUGUCUCUCUGACCAGUUUUUUAGGAGUUUACUUAUUUUCUAAAUGUCUCAAAGAUAUUUAUAUUGUCUUCAUUGGGAUAUUUUCUUACAUUGGAGGGAUGGUCAUGGCUGCCUUUGCCAAAACUACUCUGCUCAUGUUUCUAGUGAGAGUGCCAUCUUUGUUCUGCUUUAUGCCUGUUCCUGUUCUCCGAUCCAUGCUGUCAAAAGUGGUUCUCCCUGGUGAACAGGGUGCUGUGUUUGCUUGUAUUGCCUGUUUAGAAGUUGUGACCGGCACUGUUGCACUUUCGGUUUUUAACAUCCUCUAUGCAGCCACCGUUGCAUGGUUUUCAGGCUUUAGCUUCCUCUUGUCAGCAGGCCUUUGUCUAGUUCCACUGUCUGUCCUGUGCUGGCUUCUGUGCACAAGCUGGAAUGGGGAGGACUUGGCUCUGCUUGUACCUGAAGAAGUAUCCAGCAUAGAGAGUAUUGAUAGUUGAACAAAGGAUUCAUCUACCUGUGUUUUCUAAUCUGACAUGCAGUGGCAGAGACCAUUCUGUCAUGCAGAAACCAUAGAAAUAACACAACAUUUGCAGAUGGCAUCUCAAAGUGGCCCUACAGCAAUAAGCACUAAUUUGGUAGCAGUCUUUAUCCAGUCUCUUUUUAGCACUUGAAUAAUGCUAACUUGUACACUUAACUAUGCAAAUAGGCUGGCAGUGGAGAUUUUAGUGCUGCUUUCAGCAUGAAGAAAAAAAAUAAGGUAGGAUGAUAUUCUUUCCACUUACCCUUUCUUAAGCCUGAGAACGUCAGCUGUGGAUUGUGAUACAUCUUGUGCAUGUGGUAGAUCUUGUAUCAUUCUCAGUGGGGUGACAGAGAUAAGCUUAUCAACUCAGAGGGUGCUGGCAAUUCUGCUGGAGCCAGUGGAGCUCAUGCCAGCUGAGGAUGCAGUCUGCUGUGUACAUCUUAAUGGCCUGUCCUAAUGAUGAAGACCUCAAACCUGCCUAAAUCACUAAAUUAAAAAGUACUUUUUUCAGAAGGCAACCAAACAGGAGGCAGUACUUGCACCUGAUGUAAGCAGAUUUACUGUUCUUGUAUAAGCAGAGUGUUUGUGCAAGUAUAAUUUAUGAUGUGUGAACCUUGCCUGUGACUUGGUUCUUAAAAUGGAUUUUCCCACAGAACCAUCAUACUUGGAAAAUUUCCAGCUUGCAGACUGUGAUGUUAGGCCUAUGCCUACAUUUUGCAGAGGCCUUAUUGGAUAUUUAUCAUUUUCCAUGUAUUAGGACUGCAUACAGACACCUCUAUUUUUGUCCUAUAGUUAUUGCUUGUUUUCCAGUCAAUUUGGCUGAACUUAGGUUAAAUGUUUCUUCUAGUAAAAUGCUGUUAUAGCAUUUCUUUUCAGUAGUUUCUGACUAUUUUUUUAACAACCCUGAAAUGAGGUGGCCAAAUCUGGAUCAUGUACUUACUCAUCUUGCAGCGAAAACACCCUGUGAUAACUUGAACAGCAUUUCUCAGCUUCAAAGCACUUUACACAUGCUAUUAAGAACCUCCUUCCAUAAAAGAUUUUAUCCUCCCCACUGCAGACAGAGAGAAAAUCAAGAGGACAAGUGACUUGCCCAGGGCCACAGUGCAAACUGGUGAGACUACCAAACCUAGAAAUCAGUUUCUGCACUGACUCUUCACUUUCUUGCUUGAGAUCUUUAAGUAGAAAUUAUCCAGAGUAUUAGCUUCUGGAAUGUGCAGAAGUGUAAAUAUAACACCAUGUUAAGGAUCACUCCCAUCUUUUUUUUUUCAGAGUUGGAUAACUAAUUCUCAUCCCUGAAAGUGCCAGUAGGUUGCAUGUGACUGUCUUCCCCCACAACAGAUUAGGUACAGAAAUCAAAAUCACAUUAAGUGGUUGACAUCCACUGUCAGAAAACUGGUGUGGAAACUGACUUCACAUGCACACAGCAUGGGAUAAGAAUUACACAGCAUGUGCUGUGGAAUCCGUGAUCUGCUUACAGUCAUUAAUAUCCAUCAUGUGAACAGAGAACUCCUCAGUUUCUCAGUAGUUCUCUGCUGAAAAAAUUAGUAUCAUAUCAUGGUACUAUUGUGGAUUCUUUCUGUUUGAAAAACAGCAUUGUUUCCAAGCUAUGUUAUCAGGAUCACUGAGAAGUUUGGAAUAGGAUUAAAACAGGGUAAAGGGGAGUUUACCCAGGAGACCAUCACUGGUGAAAAGAGUGCAUUUGAUCCAGGACAGGGGAAUGAAUAUUUGCACAAGUGAAUAACUCUAGCCAUUCUUACACUUCUGUCCUGAACUACCAAAGCUGAUGUUGGCAAUUAAAGAUGAUUAGCUUUUCUUAGCUAGUUUAGAGGCCAGUUAAUAAAACUACUUAACUCUCCUUCUUUGAGGUGCCCAAGUUGCUGCCAACUUGUUGGAGAAGCAAGCUGAGUUUUACAGCAGCCAGCGGGUCCAAAAUAUUAAUAAUGAGUACUUUUAAAUAGAUUAAGAAAACAAUGAUGUAAAGGAUUUCAGCACAAGGAUUACAUUGUCUUCUUUGCAUCUUCAUUAUGCAGUUAUGUAAGGUUUUAUGAAAUUGUUUCACACAAAACUGCCUGUAAAAAAUUAAGGAAACUAAGAAGGGGUGUGUGCCUUCAUUUCCUCUCCAAUGCCCACAUCUGCUUGCACUCAGAGGUAGCAACAGAACAAUCCUGUUCCACAGGGCGUUGGAUCACUCCAGAUGAUAACAAGCACUUACACUUUAGAUUUGUUGUGCUUUGAUUUUGCUGUACAAACCACGUGCUGUUUGUGAAGUAUUUCUGGUAGGUGCAGCAUUUAGAACUGACUGGAAAUUUAAGUCAAAUCACAUGAAGGGUAUGAACUGUGUUUUUAAGUGCCUAGCAUGGUGCAGGCUGAGGAAAACAGGUACUAAUGCACUUCAGAUUAUUAAAUCUAAAUCUUGCACAAUGAAAAAUGUUCUAUUUGUAUAUGAAUGCAAACUGUUUUGACAUAAAUUAAUAAUGAAGUUUAUUGUUUUAAACUCUUAUGUUGUAUUUGAAGUUCUUGCUUUGUUUUUUGACAAAUG